AUGUCGACCACCAGCUCCCCCAGCUCCCCCAGCGCUCCCCAACCAGCAGCAUUUAUCGACGAUAAAUCCCCACACUGCAUCCCCUUCAUCCUCUCCCUCCUCUCCUCCCCCAACAAUACCACCUCUUCCACUACCGCUCCCUCCCCCUCUCCCUCCCCCUCCCUCGCUAGCAAACCCUUGAUCAUGGCCCUCAACGGCAUCCAAGGCUCGGGGAAAACAACCCUCGUCUCCUCCCUAGCCACAACCCUCCGCUCCCCUCCGCACAACCUCCCCACCCUCGUCCUCAGCAUCGACGACCUCUACCUGCCCCACGCCUCGCAAGCCGCCCUCGCCGCCUCCCACCCUGAAAAUCCCCUCGUGCAGCACCGAGGCGUGCCCGGCACGCACGACUUGGCCCUCGCGCGCGCCCUGUUCGCCGCACUGCGGACUGGCAGCGAGUGCCGCGUCCCGGCGUACGAUAAGGCCGCCUACGACGGGCAGGGUGAUCGCGUCCCGGAAGCGCAGUGGCAGGUCGUCAAUCGAGAGGGCGAGGAGGAAAAGAAGGUGCGCGUCGUGAUUUUCGAGGGCUGGUGCGUCGGCUUCUCCGCCCUGCCGGAGGCGGAAGUGGUUCGGAGGAGAGAGGGCCCGAAUCGGACGUUGAGCAAGAACCGGCUGGAGGAUCUGCUGUUUGUGAAUCAGAGGUUGGCGGAGUAUGACCAGGUGCUGAAUCGCGAGUUUGAUGCGUUUAUCCAUCUCGAUGCCGAGGACACGGACUACGUGUACAAGUGGCGGCAGGAGCAAGAGGCGGCGUUGCGGAGAGAGAAGGGGAUGGGGAUGAGUGUGGAGCAGGUUACAAGAUUCGUGGAUGGGUAUUAUCCUGCUUAUGAGCUUUACACCGCGAGAUUGCGGGGAGGUAUCUGUCGAGGGAAGGAGGGUGCGCAAUGGAAGAAUUUGAGAUUGAUUAUUGGGAGUGAUAGGAGGGUUAAGGAGGUUACGAGGAUAUAG